UCUACAGAGUAAGAGGCAGGACGUUGUAGGGAGAGAGAGAACAGCCACCCAUCUCUGAAGAGGGUGGCACAGUGGCGUUGCCUACAGGAAUCCAGUUAUAAAGUCACAGGCAAGAUGUGCUGAGGUUUUUAUAGCUCGGAGAUCAUUCCAUCAAUUUCACUCACACAAGAGAACACGGACAUAAAGGUUGCGUGUUUAUUUCGAGAAAACUAGCUGUAUUCUUGAGUGCUAUCUCAGAUUUUUUGCAGAGAUGAAUACCAAUGAUGCCAAGGAGUAUCUUGCAAGACGAGAGAUACCUCAACUGUUCGAGAGCUUGUUGACAGGGUUGAUGUACUACCGCCCUGAUGACCCUAUAGACUAUCUGGAGGGCUGUCUGAAGAAGGUGAGGGAGCUGGGAGGCACAGACAAGGUCCGAUGGGACACGUUUGUGGGUCAGGAGAAGAAGUCACUGCCCCCUCUCAACGGGAGCCAAUCACGGAGGUCCUUCUUCAGAAAUGUGUUGCCCGACAGCCCCAAUUUCCCCUACAGGCGAUAUGACCGACUUCCUCCCAUCAGCCAGUUCUCCAUAGAGAGCGACUCAGACCUGUCUGAGACAGCUGAGCUCAUAGAGGAGUACGAAGUGUUUGAUCCAUCCAGACCACGACCCAAAGUCAUCCUUGUUAUAGGGGGUCCUGGAAGUGGGAAAGGUACACAGAGCCUGAAGAUCGCCGAGCGCUACGGGUUCCAGUACGUCUCCGUGGGCGAGUUGCUCAGGAAGAAGAUGAUCCACAACGCCACCAGCAACAGGAAGUGGAGUCUGAUCGCUAAAAUCAUCACCAAUGGGGAGCUGGCGCCACAGGAGACCACCAUCACCGAGAUCAAACAGAAGAUAAUGAAGAUUCCGGAUGCGAGCGGCAUUGUCAUCGACGGCUUCCCCCGUGACGUCGGACAGGCCUUGUCCUUCGAGGACCAGAUCUGCAGUCCUGACCUGGUGGUGUUCCUGGCGUGCACCAACCAGCGUCUCAAGGAGCGCCUGGAGAAGAGGGCGGAGCAGCAGGGUCGCCCCGACGACAACCCAAAGGCCACGGAGCGCCGCCUGACCAACUUCAAGCAGAACACCAUCCCCCUGGUGAAGUACUUCCAGGAGAGAGGCCUCAUCGUUACGUUGGAUGCUGACAGAGAUGAGGAGGAGGUCUUCUGUGACAUCAGCAUGACGGUGGACAACAAGCUUUUCCCCUCUAAAGAACCAGUCGCUGGUCCCAGUGAACUGGAUCUGAGUCUAUUGGGAGACAACAGCAACCUUGCAGAUGUCGCCUGUAAAUACGACGAGCCGGCUGAAGAGGAAGAGAUGGGGUAUGCUGAAGGAUGUACAGAGAGUUAUUCUACAGAGCGAAAGAAACCAAAAGUCAUCUUCAUGAUGGGUGGGCCCGGUUCUGGCAAGGCUCUCCAGAGUGAGAGGCUGGAGGAGAGGCUGGGCCUGCGUCGUGUCUCUCCGGGAGACGUGCUCUGCAGCGAGCUGCAGUCCCACAGCGAGAGGGGCCGCCGCCUCCGAGACGCCCUGGAGAGAGGAGAGACGCUGCCUGAGGACACUCUGCUGGAGCUUCUGUGUGAGGCGGUGGCGUCGGCCCAGCGACAGGGGCGGGGCCUCCUGAUCAACGGCUUCCCUCGAGACGUCCGCCAGGCACUGGAGUAUGAGGCCGAGAUGGGGGAGCCCUCUCUGGUGUUGCUGCUGGAGUGUUCCUCCGACACCAUGGCCUCCAGGCUGCAGUGUCGGGCCCGCUCCACCUCAGGGCUGGGCUUCCACCCGGACAGGGAGAGGGACAGAGACAGAGACGGCUACUCUCACAGGAGGGUGGACAGCUACUACACUGACUCCCAGCCCGUGGCCUCUCACUAUGAACACAGGAAACUCCUACACAAGAUUGAUGCUGAGAGGAUGCCAGAGGAGGUGUUUUCCCAGAUCUGCCAGGCCAUGGAUUCCUGUUAGAGGCUCUAGACCGUCUAGAACCUUCGCCACACCCCCCUACAGGCCUGGAUGUUUAACUACGCUAUCUCACCCCUGCAGACUGAUCCCUUUGUACCAGCCCAGUCUUAGACCCAGUUCAGAGACUCACUUAACACAGACACAUGCUCAACGCAUGUUUCAUUCAAUGUCUUAAAAAUCCCCACCUGCACUAUCAGUGUCUUUGACAGUAACAAAACCCUUUGUGACACAAAACCAAAGUAUUUUGGCUGUCAGGGAAACAACUUACUGUCCAUACAGUACGAUUGUUUUGUUCUUUUACAGUGAUUUCAGUGAUACUUGCUGCCAACUUCAGCCCCAGAUGGAGAGACGUGUGACCAGGGAAAUAUGAUCGUUCAGAUGAAGUGCUGUGUUCCCCAAGUAUGAAAACAGGGUUCCCCACUCUGCUGCCGUGCAAGCGUCAGCCAGCUAGUGGACAGGGGUGUGUGUGUGUGUGCUCAUGCUCCCGUGCACAGAAUGUGUUAUAUUGUAGCAAGCAUGCAAAGUUUACAAUCAAGCUUAUUGCCUUUUGUGUUUAAUUUAAUGCAAUGAUAUGAAAUUAAAGUGUUUCAUCUGUAUCUUGCUGACCGCAGGCUUCUCAUUUGGGACAGUGUCAUCUAUUUGCGUGUCAAGUCCAAUAUUUAACGUUCA